CGUUCAGUGAGGUAAGGCGUGAAGGCGAGCAAUGUAAGAGUCAUGCGGAAGGUGUGUCGGGGUAUAAGUAUAUCACAACGAAUUUCAUUUAUUCACUAGAAAAAGACAUCCACUAUGGCAAAAUAGUAUCCCUGUUAACACGGAAGAGACGCAAAGUCACUGUCGAGACCGCGAGGUUUUCAAUCGGGGGAAGGCAACUGUUAGCCUGGGACGCUAGUUAGCUAACGUUACAUAUACUCAUUUUUGCUAGCAACUGACCUCCACCACAACACGGCGCAUUGGACUAGUGAUCAAUAAGUGACUCAUUCCUUGUCGUCAGCCCUCCUUGUCUCCCAACCCAAAGUGGUGCCCUGCGUACGCGUCCUGGGAAUAUGAGACAGAAUGAGUCAGAGAGAUACCCUGGUUCAUCUGUUUGCUGGAGGGUGAGUAUCAUGGCUAAUCGCUAGCUAGUAAUACAGUCCACUGUAACAGAAGCUACCAUCAUGGAAUGGUAGAUGAAGCUAACUAGCAAGCUAUAUUAAAUGCAAAUAUGUCGAGUUAGUUAGGUAUCUAUUAACGUUAGUUGCUGCUAGUUUAGACUCGUUCAUGAUGAUGUGCCUGUCUACAAGAAAAUGUUUUGCUAGCUUGCUAACUAUUAGCUAAAUUAGCUAGCUAAAUUCAAUGUCAUAACUGACGCUGUCUGGUUUUGGUAGGAACAUCUAUUUUGCGCCCACAUCAACAUGGCCAGCUGUUCGAUUGUAUACGAGUUUUGCUAUUGCUAUUCUCUAAAUACUAACUUGAUAUAUUGUCCGACUAUUAGCCAUAACCCACGAUGAUGCACUCGUUUUAGCACGUGCGCUGGGAUGCCAUUGUUUUGACCUUAUUUCACAUAUUCUAACGUUAGCUAAUGUUAACGUUGCCUGUCAUCCCUUACGAUUAAAUGAUUGAGCUAAUCGUGCAACUAAUGCACCAUUAACGCUCAAAAGAGGACGUCUAACAUUGUGGUAAGACGCAAACUAUCCGGUUUCUCUCACUGAGGUAUAAAGGGUUUCUCUCAUAGGCCACCAGUGGCAUCUGAUUUAGAUGUUACGUCAGAACCUAAACAAAUGCUCUCCAAGGUCAUACCAUGGCCAGCUAUAAAUUACCUGAACUGCCGCAGCCGAUGGGGGAACUUCUCCAAUUAAACCAUUCUAUCUAUGCAGCCCGAAGUUGUACUCGUAAAUAGUCAUGAUGCCCACACUGUCAGUGUCACAUUGUAGCGAGCUAUGACUCAUAGUAUGAGAACUAGCCCAAGAUGUGCUCAUAAGGCGCCUAACGUUACCAUUACACCUUAAGGUCCAAGGUAUGUGUUAUUUUCAGAGCUAGACUGGCUCUGGCAGCCAAAACAGCCAAAUACUCAAUCUAAACACAAAUCGAUUCUAAAUUGCCAUACGGUUCUAGAAACAUAAAUCCCUCUAAUUGCAUAUCACAUCAAAAAUGUGAUACUGUUUUAACCGGCUUUAUCACAGUUGCAGCCAACAGUAUUUUUCAGUGACAACACAUUUCUGGCGGCCUUCUUCCGUUACUGUUCCGAGCAUGCGAAAUAGCGAAUUAGCACAGGUGGUCCCUCUGUCUUCUGUAAACACGCGCUGUAACAUGGAGAUAUGGCAGUGUGGGAACACUAACCCUAUAAAGGUGUGGAUCAAUUAAACCUUUUGUUUUUAGAAAAUUAUUUAUUGUUGAUAUGAAACAUAAGGUCCUUAUGGUUCCAAAGCUGUACCGCAAGCGAUGCGUGUUAAUGUUCAGACCGAGCUCUUAACAAAAUUUCCCCAUACAGAAGAUCCUGCGACCAAUGACUCUUAUGUGUAAUGGCACUUGAAAUUAGAGUCAUGAUCAAGAGCUAUAUGAGGACUUGAUUUAUAAAUAACCACAAAAUGCAAGGGCUGUAGCAAAACAAUCUCAAAGGUUGACAGGUAAAAAAUAUAUAGACUCUUACUAUGCACAGAUGGGACGCUUUCAAGAUUAUGUUGAAGAUUUCAGGACUCACAUUUCAGCUGGUUCACUGUAGUGUGUGAAGGAGCAUACCGAGCUUGAGGCUGCAGGGCAAGGUGUUACUCACAGACUCAUGGCAAAAGGCCAAGAUGGAUGAAUACAGAGCAAGAGAGCUCGUUAAUGCUUGUAAACUAAGGCACAUGGCCAAUUUCAGGGUUGGAAGACUCCUACUGUAUGUGGUAUGAGGGUGACUUGACACCAAUACAUUAGUGUACCUCCAUAUUCCUUCCAGAAUGGUUAUCCUUAGUUUAUGAUGGGCAGUAGCCUAAUCAACAGGGCUGGGUUUUGCCGCUUCCUAGCUGACUAAACUCAACUCCACGAUUUACGAUGGAGUUGAGUUGCGACUAGUGUGGGCAGACUGGAGUUCCGACGUCACAUAAAAUGAUGUUUUUUUUAUUUUUUUUAUUAUAGAUUUCAGCACCAAAAGAAUAGCCUGCAUUUACACAGGACAAUGUAAUGUGUAAAUGCGGGCUAUUCUUUGAGGUGCUGAAAUCUGUAGUUUUUUAAAAUAAAAACUUGAUUUUAUGUGAUGUCGGAACUCCAUUCAGCCCACACUAGUCACUGCUCAACUCCAUGGUAAAUCGUGGAGUUUAGUCAGCUAGCCCCUUCCCUGUAACUGUGUCAUGCGGGUCUCCAUAACAUUCGGCUGCGUCUCAAGUCUUUUAUUGGCUCCUAUUUUUUAUUGACAUCAAAAUAAAAACACAAGAGUUGGUGGCAUUACACAUGGCAGACAUAUUGAGGCCUGGACAUGUUCUCCUUUCCUUCAAAAUAACAUCAGUAGUUUGACAUAGGACUAUUGGUCCCAGGUAAGUUAGAGAUAGUUUAGCCCCACACCCUCCCAUCGUGUCCUCCACGUUGCUCUUGCUCUGUCACAUGUGUAGACAUGCACAGUCCACAUGUGCCAGGCGUGCAUGUUUAGCAGGUCAGCUUCCCUCAUUCCCACCUCUGUUUACUGUGGCCAUCUCCCUCUCUCUCUGCCUCAAUACAAGUAUGGAUUAAUGAUCAACCACCAUACCAUCACAGUUAGGCCUGUAUCUGUAAUUUACUGGGGCUUGGCUGAAAAUAUUCCCUCAUGUCUGUGUCUUUUUAUAGUUUAUGAUACAACUCAGGGCUAGGUUAUAAACACAUACUUUCUACUUGCCAUAUUGCCCCCCAAAUGACUUGUAGAACGUAGGCUACUUCAUCCCACUCCCAUUGCUUUCAAAACCGUGUUGUUGAAUUCUUGAGUUCCUAUAAAGAAGCUCAGACUCAGUCAUUGGUAGCCUGGUCAUUUGUGUGCUUUUGGAAAGCGUUAGGUCAGAUUAGGUGUGUGAAAGGUACUAGCACAGAGUAUUUGUUAUUGCAUUGAUUCAUUCCAGGCGAGAACAGUUGUCCUCAGACAGGGGGCAUUACUGUGCUGACUCUCCAAGGCUUCCCCUAGUCUCCACACUGCAUCACAAGCCUCCCCUAGUCUCUGCAUUGCUCAAGCCGCAAAUCCUCAGGAUUCCAUCCACAGUGUAUUUCUGUAAUGGAAUCAGCAACUUCCAUCCAGACAGGCAGUUUGUCUGCUGCUUUUCUCGAGCAGCUGAGAGAUAUGUGCUGCCACCUCAGAAAAGCACGCAAUUCUACCUCUGUCCUCGUGGCUGUGGGUUGUUUGCACUGACGCACUCUCUCUCCCUUUCUAUACCCUUUCCUAUCCCUCUGUUUUCUUCCCCACUCUGUUCUCUCUCCCUCUCUCCCCCUCUCCACUCUCCUCCUCUAGGUGUGGGGGAACGGUAGGAGCCAUCCUGACCUGUCCCCUGGAGGUGGUGAAGACCAGACUCCAGUCAUCCCACAUCACACUCUACGUGUCUGAGGUGCAGCUCAGUACCGUCAAUGGGCCCAGCGUAGCACGCAUGUCCCCUCCAGGACCCCUGCACUGCCUCAAGUGGGUAUUAUAUUCAGCCUGCACAACUUGAUUUACUAGCGUUGUCAUAGUAAGAUCAAACAGGCAUAGGCCUAUAUUCCAAUGUCUAGUUAUGUUUUUUGUUAACUAUCAAACACUUCAAAUACAAUACUUUAUGCUUGUGUUAUUGGUUUUGAUUGUUUUGGAUUUAUUACUGUCAUUGCCCUCCAGCAUUGCACAUUAAACUUCACAGUAAACAGUCCUUAGUAGCCUAAUGCAUAGACGUCUCAAGAAACCAGAGAGUAAAAAUGAGCUGGUCUAUUUUGGGUGUUUACUCUCCAUCCGCUCUACCCCCUUAUGUAUUUUGGGUGUUUACUCUCCAUCCGCUCUACCCCCUGCCCCCUUGUGGGGUUUGGCUGCAGGAUCCCUCCCUCCUCACGAAACCCCAUGUUGUUGUUUGCUCUGGCUCAUAUCUCCUUGGCAGGCAGAGCCAUGUGGACUGAAAUCCAACUCCUAGAGCUCGUCUCUCUCUCCUACCUUCAGAGAAAGGCCUGUCUGAGGAUCUGUAGCCUACCCCAGCAGCAGGAUAUAUCACAUCACUUCGUAUCCAACUCCUAUUCUAUCAUACUUAAUGUUUUUCUUUCUACAAGUUCUUGUUGCAACCCAGCAAGGCUUUCGGCAGACCCUAUUCCUAGUUCAUUGUUAUAAACGCCACUGAAGUUUCAGUGAAAAUAAUGUGAAUAUUUGUGAGUGGUGGGUAAGGGAAUUGAGAUGUUCUGUUUUUGUCUUCAGGUUGAUUCUUGAGAAAGAAGGAGCCCGCUCUCUGUUCAGGGGCCUGGGGCCUAACCUAGUGGGCGUGGCCCCCUCCAGGUAAGCGCCUAAAUAUUUUAGAUGAAUGAAAUUAUAGUACUGUAUGAUAAUUUCAUAUUUCAGUCUAAACAAUAUCACUAACCACGUUUCCAUCAAACCAUUUCAUACGGAUGAAUUACCUGACGCAUAGAAAAAGUCAAAUUUCUAAACGGUUCACCCGAUAUGGAUGAAAAUACCCUCAAAUUAAAGCUGACAGUUUGCACUUUAACCUUGUAAUAAUUGUAUCAUUUCAAAUCCAAAGUGCUAGAGUACAGAGCCAAAACAAAACAAAAAUGGACACUGACCCAAUACAUUUAGAGCUCACUGUAUGUGUGAGCUACGCAGUAUCUGCCCUAGGGUUGCAAAGCUACUGGUAAGUUACCAAAGUUACCGGAAUCUUCAGUAAUUUUGGUAAUUAACUAAAUCUAUGGCACUCUAUCGUAACUUUGGUAAUUUAUUCUUGAAAAACUGUAAAAAUAUAUAUAUUCAUAUUAGGGCUGACCCCAUUUAGUCGACUGGUCGAUUGUUUGGUUUGUUGACCAAGAUUUUUUUUAGUCGAGCAGUCGCAAAUAUAUAUAUUGUUUUUAUGACACACGAGACACCUUUCUGAUUUGCGCCUGUCUCAGAGGACUAAUCCAUUGAGGAGGCCGCAGGGAUGCCACGGUCCAAGAAGAAGGGGAGAGUGACUAAGAUGCACGUCUCUCUCCAGAAUGCGCUCUCUUCCGCCAUUUUGUGCCCAUUCAUUGGUUCAAAACUUAGUGUAAAUUGUUUGCCCUUUGAUUGUUAUGUCUAUCAAUUCCCCAUUACAUAGAUCACCAGUAGUAGCCUACAUUUAGCAUUAAUUCCCAUAAUUUCUCAUCUACAAUGUUUGUUUGGUUACGGUAAUUUCUGUUAAUGCAUUCAAUAUACUAUUAUUACACUCAUUUACCGUUCUCAUUGUCGGAGUGGACACGUUGUUUGCAGAGCUCAGCACCUAUGUUACACUUGUGAGAAACAAGUUUUGGUUUAUUUCAUUCCAUCUAUACAUUUUUGUCAAUUUAUUGGACGGGCACCUGAUUACGCAUAUAGAAGUGGGCCUAGGCUACCUGGCCUGCGAGCAAAUGUAGGCCUAUAAAUCUGCCCAUUUGGGGAUUUCUGAUUGUCUCAACUCACCACCACUAACGACCUGUGGAGCUUCUCAAAGUAAUUUUUCUUCACCUCAAACAACAAUGUAAACAAUGUCUGUUUUUAGAAUCAAAUGAGAGUGACAAUAGUUCGUCAAUGUAUUUGAAAUAUAUUUCCAUCUCUCUCCCUUUUGAUAACCACUUGGCAUGAAAGGGAAAAAUGUAAUUCUCUGAUCCAGUGGAAACGUCAUAAAAUACCUGAUUUACUUCUUAUCCCUUGAACAAAUACCCUACAGCUGUGUCUGUCCCUGGCAUGGGAAACUCUUGAGGGCCCAGAAUAUUUUAUACAAUGUUGCAAGUUCACUAGCACGAGUUGGCAAUGGCAGUAGAAGUUCAUUUCAGAUUUGUAUCAUUUUCAUUUAGAUAGAUGUCAUGUAGUUCAUUUUAAUUACAAUGAUUUUGAGAUACAAAGUCUAUUAUAAAUUAAAUUAAACUGUUCCACGAACAUGUGCAUAUGAAAAUCAUAACUGGCACGCAGAUCAGUAGAAAUGGUAAGAUAAAUUCGCACUCCAAAUGGAAAAGGAAAAGGAUGCUGACCCCUGGUGUAGCCUAUUACAGGCAACUUCAGGAGCGUAAUGGCAGAAUCUGCCAAGGCCAGCAACAGUAGGAGGGUCGGGAACAUGUUUUUUAUCUUCUGUUUGAUCUCUGGCUCCCUCUUGAGUCAUUUGUGUGUCUUCAUUAUUUAAUCAAACAGCAUUCUCAAAGCAUCAGACAAGUUAAGUACAUAUAGAUUAUUUUAUUAAAACAUAUAGGGUGUGUCUUUACAGUAUAUGGAAAAAUACACAUUUAAAAAUGUAGACCAAGAAAACACUACUCCUGGUCGACCAAUAUGUUUUUUUGUAGAGGACAGCUCUAAAUCAUAGAUAGAUAGGUAGAUAGAUAUAAUUCAUUUAUAAUAUCUGUGUCCAUGAGUAUGUAGUAGAUAGAUCAUAUGGUUCCAUUGCCCAAUUAAUGAAAAAAACAUCUAAUCAGCAAUGGCAUGAUUUUCAAUUAACUCUGCAACUCUUCCAACUAUUGACAGUUUUCACAACUGCCACCAGUUUGAUGCCAAAACAUUGACAACUAAUACAUAUUGACAUAGUAAAAAAAAAAAAAAAGAGUUAGUAAAAAAUAUAUAAAGGAUAUUUCAUGCUGAAACCCUCAUAUUAAAGGUAUACUCUGUGAAAUUCCGUUGCCACGAGCACCACCGGAGAUAUUGAGAUGAGCGAGAUACAACACUUUGCUCUCACAGUCACACACAGUAUCUCUGCAUAUGCAUGGGUUCGUUUCACUCUGUUCACAGCAUGGUAGCCAGGGUACCAAAACAGCUGAGAAAGUUGACCCUCGCGCUUCAACACUCUUAGUUGUUGCAGAAAUUGACCCACUGUUUACUUUCUGCAUCUGCGUCAUAUUGCUGAGUCUACCUUUAAACAUCAAUGGUAUUCACUAAGUUGAUGGUUUAUAUUUAGAAUGUUUUACAGCUGUUUCAUUCUAUUUGGUUUAUUUUAAAAUAAUCUCAUGCAAUUUGUUCAUAUAUUUUACAUGUGAUAAGGCCACACAGAGGACCAGAGACUAUUAGACACCUGUGAUAAUCUGAAGUACCCAAAACGGCCACUAGAUGACUUGUGAUAGAUCACAUAAAAUCCUUGAAAGAUACCAAAAAUCUGGUAGCUUACUGGUAAACUUCAAAAGUUUCCAGUAAUAUACCCUCCCUUUACAACCCUAAUCUAGUCUAUCAUAUGUGGAAGGAGCUACUAUUAACAUUAUCUGACAUUGACCCACUGGAGGGCAACUGCACACACACAGUCGAUGUUAGCACUGAAGUCGGAGUUCUCAGUUGUCGUGUAGGAAUGUCUGAGGGGUCACUUUGUUGCCGUGGUUAAUAGUCAAAGGGUUCUGGGAGGUUACUGUGUCACUAGUGUUUGGUGUCAUCAAGUUGACGGGGGUCCAUUUUACAUCUUACAAUUGUACUUUUACAGAGUUGUGAAUCAGUCAAUCACUAUCACAGUGAUUAUCUCACUCCUAGUCCAUCUGUUAGACUGGACAAACAGUCGGUCACUGUGGAGGAUAAAGUAGAGGAAAACAACCAAACUAGGGUUUCUGAGUGAGAGAGAUAAGCUGAUCACAGCUACAAUGAUCAGGGCUCAGAGUAGCACUGUACUCUAACCAUCUGUAGGACUGAGAGAAAAGCUUAGAUGCUAAAUUGCUACUAAUGCUAAUAAGACCCUGGCCCGCUGAUGAUGAUGCGUCUAAGUGGUGGCUAAUGGUAGAAGCUAGCUAAUGCUUUGUCUAACAAGAGCUUGUGCUAAGCGUUUGUGAAGUGCUUUGUUGACACUGUCAGGGUUUACGCUGAUGCAGAGUCAAAUCACCUGGGCCUCUGACGCAACACGAAAUACACUAGUAUGUGGACACCCCUUCAAAUAUGUGGAUUCAGCUAUUUCAACCACACCCGUUACUGACGGGUGUAUAAAAUCGAGCACACAGCCAUGCAAUCUCCAUAGACAAACAUUGGCAGUAGAAUGGCCUGUACUGAAAAGCUCAGUGACUUUCAACAUGGCACCGUCAUAGGAUGCCACCUUUCCAAUAACUCAGUUUGUAAAAUUUCUGCCCUGCUAGAGCUGCCCCAGUCAACUAUAAGUGCAGUUAUUGUGAAGUGGAAAUGUCUAGGAACAACAACGGCUCAGCCGCGAAGUGGUAGGCCACACAAGCUCACAGAACGGGACCGCUGAAGUGCGUAGCGCGUAAACAUCGACUGUCCUCGGUUGCAACCCUCACUACCGGUUUUCCAAACUGCCUCUGGAAGCAACGUCAGCACAAUAACUGUUUGUUGGAAGCUUCAUGAAAUGGGUUUCCAUGGCCGAGCAGCCGCACACAAGCCUAAGAUCACCAUGCGCAAUGCCAAGCGUCGGCUGGAGUGGUGUAAAGCUUGCCGCCAUUGGACUCCAUAUUAAUGCCCAUGAUUUUGGAAUGAUGUUCAACGAGCAGGUGUCCACAAAAUGUUGGCCAUGUAGGGUAUAAAUCUAGGCUACACACACAUACAUAGACAGUCUUGUACAGCUAACCUUGUGCGGACACACAAUUCAGUCCCCAGUUGGUCAAAUAUUUGUUUGUUUACUAUUCUUGUGGGUCCCCACAAGAAUAGUUAAACACCUCCACACACAAACACACUGUGACUGAUAAGCUUUUAGUGUGUGUACUGGGUGUACUGAAUGUAAUUAUUUACUUAAGUUGCAAAAUUCCAGUGACUUUCCCAAAAUUCCUAGGUUUUCCAUAAAUCCUGGUUGGAAGUUUCCAAGUGCCAGGUGGGAAUAAGCAGGAAAUCCGGUAUCCUCCAACCAGGAUUUCUGGUAAACCGGUGAAUUUUUGGAACUAUACCAGAAUUUUGCAACCUUACUCCUUUUAUCACUGUGUGUUUUGUCCAAUAAGGCCUAUAUUAAACUGAAACACUCAGCCUAGCUGUUGUUGCUGUUGGCUUUACUCUUAAUUAGUGGGGGUGUAACGGUUCACCAAACCCACGGUUUGUUGUGUAUUGCACUUUUGGUGUCACGGUUCGGUUUUAGUACAGCGGGAAAAUAAAAUGCCAACAGUAACUAUAGUUAAAGAUGCACUAUGCAGAAAUCUCUCAGCCAUUUUCUGGUUGCUAAAAUUCUAAUAGUUUGCCUAAUUUCAGUUUGUGACAAAACAAGCAAGAAUAUUGUAGGGAUUCAUUGUACCAGCUAAACCGCUGUGAAAUAUAUUUUCCAUAACCAACAUAUUGUAUUUUUCAGCUGUUUGAAGCUGGUGUACAAAACCGAAAGUAAAAGAUGCAAAAAUAAAAACGGGAAGCAUAGAAAUAGCACCCAUAGAACAGAUCUACCGCUUUUGGUAUUCCUGAUUCCAUAUAUGAUCAUGAGUCAUAAUGCCUGACGAGAGCACCAUCAGGAAUAACAACACUUUGUAUUCUCUUAAAUGAAAACACCCGAUUUACUCAAUAUGCGUGUGAAAUCAAUAUGUAAACAUGGCUCAGAGGUGCUGAAACCUACUAUUCUUCUCAACCACCGAGAAUGGGCGCAUAUCCGUGACCAUAAACAUACCUAUCGCUCUUGUAAUUUCUUUGGCCUGGUCAGAAUCAGCUGCUUGAAUGCAGAGGGGAAACAAAGUUGUACUUGUUUUUUUGCGUUUCCGUCUUGCUCCGGUGGUAGGAAUACUGAGGUGAUGUCGACAUAAAUGUUUGAGGUGUUGGCAGCUGCAUAAGCUAUUCUUGUUGAGCAGUGGCAACUCACUGUUAACGUUUUAUCCUCAACUCUCUGUCCAUUGCCAUUGUAAUCUACUGGGAAACCCAAAUGUUCCCAAACUGAAGAUUUAAACGAUGAUGGGGAAUCCUCCUGGUUUAUCGACCCCACCACUCAUCGUCGUAAAGAACUAGUUCCCGGCUGCGCUUAAAAAAAAGACCAUUUGAAAUGCGGCAUCUAAAUGUUUUUUAACGGAAUAGCCUGAAUAAGAUUUACUCGAGGCAUACAACGCAGCGAAGGCAUAACCUAUAGGCCUAGUGUUUUAAAUGUUUAUAUAUUUAUUAUGUAUUCAUUCGGGUUCACAGUGCGGACCGAACAGUGGUCCCUGUACCGAACAGUUCGGUACGAAUACAUGUACCGUUACACCCCUAUUAAUCAGCCCAGUCGUUGUUGCGGUUGGCUUUAUUCUUAAUUAGCCUAGUCAGAUUAGUAGGUAGAGAGCUGGACAAUAAAGUUUGGUAAUGUUGUCAUGAAUUAGCUACACUGCUGCUGGAAGGAGACUAGUGGCUUACAUAAGAGGCUGUUGUUCUUUACGUAUCGUCGGUUACGAGAGAGACUAGUUCGUUUUGCACUAAAGAUGUUGCCUAACCGUAACAUUCAAUACUUUAUUUUCUUCACUGUGUAUGUACAGUAUCUCACAAAAGUGAGUACACUCCUCACAUUUUUGGAAAUAUGAGUAUAUCUUUUCAUGUGACAACACUGAAGAAAUGACACUUUGCUACAAUGUAAAGUAGUGAGUGUACAGCUUGUAUAACAGUGUACAUUUGCUGUCCCCUCAAAAUAACUCAACACACAGCCAUUAAUGUCUAAACCGCUGGCAACAAAAGUGAGUACACCCCUAAGUGAAAAUGUCCAAAUUGGGCCCAAAGUGUCAAUAUUUUGUGUGGCCACCAUCAUUUUCCAACACUGCCUUAACCCUCUUGGGCAUGGAGUUCACCAGAGCUUCACAGGUUGCCACUGGAGUCCUCUUCCAUGACGACAUCACGGAGCUGAUGGAUGUUACAGACCUUGCACUUCUCCACCUUCCGUUUGAGGAUGCCCCACAAAUGCUCAAUAGGGUUUAGGUCUGGAGACAUGCUUGGCCAGUCCAUCACCUUUACCCUUAGCUUCUUUAGCAAGGCAGUGGUCGUCUUGGAGGUGUGUUUGGGGUCAUUAUCAUGUUGGAAUACUGCCCUGCGGCCCAGUCUCCGAAGGGAGGGGAUCAUGCUCUGCUUCAGUAUGUCACAGUACAUGUUGGCAUUCAUGGUUCCCUCAAUGAACUGUAGCUCCCCAGUGCCGGCAGCACUCAUGCAGCCCCAGACCAUGACACUCCCACCACGCUUGACUGUAGGCAAGACACACUUGUCUUUGUACUCCUCACCUGGUUGCCGCCACACACACUUGACACCAUCUGAACCAAAUAAGUUUAUCUUGGUCUCAUCAGACCACAGGACAUGGUUCCAGUAAUCCAUGUCCUUAGUCUGCUUGUCUUCAGCAAACUGUUUGCAGGCUUUCUUGUGCAUCAUCUUUAGAAGAGGCUUCCUUCUGGGAUGACAGCCAUGCAGACCAAUUUGAUGCAUUGAGCGGCAUAUGGUCUGAGCACUGACAGGCUGACCCCCCACCCCUUCAACCUCUGCAGCAAUGCUGGCAGCACUCAUACGUCUAUUUCCCAAAGACAACCUUUGGAUAUGACGAUGAGAACGUGCACUCAACUUCUUUGGUUGACCAUGGCGAGGCCUGUUCUGAGAGGAACCUGUCCUGUUAAACCGCUGUAUGGUCUUGGCCACUGUGCUGCAGCUCAGUUUCAGGGUCUUGGCAACCUUCUUAUAGCCCAGGCCAUCUUUAUGUAGAGCAACAAUUCUUUUUUUCAGAUCCUCAGAGAGUUAUUUGCCAUGAGGUGCCAUGUUGAACUUCCAGUGACCAGUAUGAGGGAGUGUGAGAGCGAUGACACCAAAUUUAACACACCUGCUCCCCAUUCACACCUGAGACCUUGUAACACUAACGAGUCACAUGACACCGGGGAGGGAAAAUGGCUAAUUGGGCCCAAUUUGGACAUUUUCACUUAGGGGUGUACUCACUUUUAUUGCCAGCGGUUUAGACAUUAAUGGCUGUGUGUUGAGUUCUUUUGAGGGGACAGCAAAUGUACACUGUUAUACAAGCUGUACACUCACUACUUUACAUUGUUACAAAGUGUCAUUUCUUCAGUGUUGUCACAUGAAAAGAUAUACUCAAAUAUUUACAAAAAUGUGAGGGGUGUACUCACUUUUGUGAGAUACUAGUCAGUCUAUGUAUGUUGUGUGUAGGUCUUCUACUGUAUGUUGUAAGUUCCAUGGCAGUACAAGGGAUUCCCCACCAGGGACGGUGAAGAUAUUGAUUCCUGUGCUGUACAGUAUGUAUCAUGUUCUCUGUUUAAUCCCUCGACCCUGUCUCCUCCUCCAGAGCCAUCUAUUUUGCUGCGUACUCCAGUGCCAAAGAGAGACUGAAUGAAGUGUUUGAGCCGGACUCUACACAGGUCCACAUGGUAUCUGCUGGCUUGGCAGGUAACCACACCAACCUCAACCUCACUCACUUUCUAACACUAUACCAUGUAGUCUUUUUUUAACUGUUUUAUUUAUAGAUUUUUCAUAGGUAGGUAUACUUUUCAAUCACAUAUUUUUCUGUGAGUAUUCAGUCAACUGCAGCUAGUAAAUUUGGAUGAUAGCCUAACCUGGAGUGUCAUGUGAUGUGACCACUUCUAAUGUGUUGGUCAGACAUGCCAGAGGACUGGACCUGACCGGGUCAGUGGUGUCAAACCCAGACUGACUAGUUCUGUAGAGGUCCCCUACCUCACCUUCCUAUUAUAAGGUUAGGUUUCUAUAUUCUAGUCUUGUGCUACAGUAUAUCUGUCCAGCAGCUCUCAGCCUAUUGUUUCAUGUGACAGCUCCCAAUAUGACCUAAUCCUCUAGCCUAGUGCCUAAACUAGUUUCUGACAGGAAGUGUCCCUCUUUGUCUUUCCAUGUGCAUGUUAUUAGGACUUUAUUGGUUUUUCAAAGACAAGGGAGUAGAAUAAAGUAUAUUUAUUGUUGACGUUCCGUCUACAAAUACUUUUUCAAGACAAGUCUCAGUUAGGCCUAAUAUAAUGCAAGAGCUCAAACCUAGACACUCCCCUAGGCCUCCUGUACGCAAACACUGGCUUAUCCCGUUUCCCCUGGCCGUGUGUCAUCAUACACCUCUGCUUCAAAGUGACAAUCCCAUGUUAAACCUGACAUAUCAGGCUGAUGAGUGCAGAUGGACUCCCUAGCAGGCUGAUGAGUGCAGAUGGACUCCCUAGCAGGCUGAUGAGUGCAGAUGGACUCCCUAGCAGGCUGAUGAGUGCAGAUGGACUCCCUAGCAGGCUGAUGCGUGCAGUACUAGAGAUGGGUUGUGUAAAAAAAGUUUAGGAGGAUCUUCUACUAAACAGCCUUACUAGACACAAGCUGGUUUCAUACAUGUUCGUGACAUGCAUGAGAUGUCCUGAUGAAGGUCGACUGACUGAAAGUUCAGCCACAAUUAAAGAAAUUUGCAUCUGACUGGAAGUGUGCGGAGACUUGUGCCUUUUGUCUCCAGCAAAAGUGUGCGGUAGAUUCUACCUAUUAUCAUAAAAUUAUAUUGUAAAACUCCAACUUGUGCAGUAUUUCACACACAUACACACACACACACACACACUAGUCUCUCUCUAGAUGAUUCUUUCUGUCCAGUGUCACAGUGAUCCUAGGAGCAAUAUGUAAUGUAGCCUAGACUCCUGGCUUCUACCCUUUAGAAUUUAGGUAAGUCAAGCAAGCUGGCCUUUUAAGGAGCGCUGUGUGUUUCUGUAAUGGAGGACCAGAGUGAACGUGGGACUGUGUGUUUUUGACAGGUCAACGUUAACACCCUAUCCCUCUGAGCAGCAUGACUCGGUCCUUCCACCAAUCAAGUCAAGGUCGGCUCGGCUUUAUUUAGUCUGGCGGGUAGGAGCAUUGGGCCAGUAACCAAAAGGUUCCUGGAUCGAAUCCCCGAGCUGACAAGGUCAAAAUCUAUUGUUCUGCCCCUGAGCAAGGCAGUUAACCCACUGUUCCCCGGGCGCUGAUGACGUGGAUGGCGAUUAAGGCAGCCCCCCGCACCUCUCUGAUUCAGAGGGGUUGGGUUAAAUGCGGAAGACACAUUUCAGUUGAAUGCAUUCAGUUGUACAACUGACUAGGUAUCCCCUUUUCCAUAGUCAGCCGAUGUACGCCCCAUCGUAGAUAUGUGAUACAUAGAGCUCAUUGGUACAUUGUAGAUAUGUGUUACAUAGAGCUCAUUGGUACAUUGUAGAUAUGUGAUACAGAGAGCUCAUUGGUACAUCAUAGAAAUGUGAUACAUAGAGCUCAUUGGUACAUCGUAGAUAUGUGAUACAGAGAGCUAUGUAGCCAAGUGGCUUCUGCAGAGCUAGGAAUAACCCUGAGAUCAGUGUCAACAUGACUCCCAGGCUAAAGUAGCCUAACAAUGAUAUUAUGGGAGUGUAACCUUUACACACACUAACAUGCACAUGCUCACACAUUACAGCACACAUGCUGUCACAACACAGAUAUCCUAGGCCUUGUCAUACUGUGGUAUGUUCAUGAGCUCUCUUAAAAGCUCUCUUAAAAAGGUUAGCAACAGUUCUUAAUUUCUGAUGGUUUUAAAUUCCCUUUAGGGUGGAUGCUUCAGAGAAGUUUUGGACAGUGUUUUGUUCUGCAGCUUGGUAGACAAACACUCCUGUGGUGUUUGUCUAUGAAGUAAAGUGUGUCUGAAUGUGAGCUCUUGUCCUUCCUCUCAGGGUUCACAGCAAUCACAGCUACCAACCCGAUCUGGCUCAUCAAGACUCGCAUGCAGCUGGACUCCAGGUAAACACACACGUCUGACUCGGUAGUGGAUUUAGGAUGUGGUGUCGGUGUACAACCUCUCUGUCGGUGUACAAUCUCUCUGUCGGUGUACACCCUCUCUGUCGGCUGUACCAUUAGUAAAUCCCUAUUCCACCUGCCUUUCAUAGGAACCGCGGGGAGAAGCCCAUGAAUGCGUUUGAUUGUUUGCGGCGGGUGUACCAGACAGAAGGCCUGCGAGGGUUCUACCGGGGAAUGUCAGCGUCCUACGCUGGAAUCUCAGAGACUGUGAUCCAUUUUGUCAUCUAUGAGAGCAUCAAGCGUCGCCUCAUGGAGGCCAAGGCCGCGCAGCACAUGGACGAGGAGGUGGAGGAGGAUUCGUCCAAGGAUGCCUCGGACUUUGUGGGGAUGAUGCUCGCCGCCGCCACCUCCAAGACCUGUGCCACGUCCAUCGCUUACCCCCACGGUGAGAGCACUGCAUCCUGGGAGCAGGAGGGUGGAUGUGGUCUGAGUAGAGGAUAGGGGGUUUAUAGUCAGUCGUGUGUUUAUAGUUAGAACCUGUAGUUAGUAUUGGUUGUCCUUAGACCAUGUUACUGUGAGAGUAAAUUAUAUUCAAGUCCAGUAUGGAUUCUAGUAUUGGGAAAGUCUUUAUUUUGAAUGUACCAGGAAAUUAGCGUACUCAUCUCCUUCUCCUCUCUUUACAGAAGUGAUCCGGACCCGGUUACGGGAGGAAGGCACCAAGUACCGUUCCUUCUUCCAGACUCUGACCACGGUGCCCAAGGAAGAGGGCUACCGGGCGCUGUACCGCGGCCUCACCACCCACCUGGUGCGCCAGAUCCCUAACACCGCCAUCAUGAUGUGCACCUACGAGCUAGUGGUCUACAUGCUGAACGGUUAA